AUGAGAUUGGCACGCCUAUUGGUCAACUUGUCGGGCGUUUUGGUAGCCCAGAGCACAGCUACUUUCAACUCUGAUGCCGCCUUCUUUGCAGCUCGAUCAGAUAAGCCCAAGUCCGCCUGCAGCAUCUGCGCCUUCAGGGGCCUGCUACCGAAAAAUGCGUCCGUGGUCUCUGCCAUCCAGGUCGAGGCUGGAGGGAGCUAUGGAGAGGGCCCUGCCAAUGUUGCUUAUCCUAUUAACGCCACUGAACUCCCGGAACUUUGCGCGGUCACGAUCAGUGUCAGGAGUUCCAAAACGACAUUCUACAGGUUUGGCAUGUUCUUGCCAGUAGACUGGAAUGAACGCUUCCUGGCGGUUGGCAAUGGCGGCCUUGCCGGUGGCAUCAACUGGGCAGACAUGGGAUAUGGUACCCGCUACGGCCACGCAGUGAUUUCCACAGACACAGGCCAUAACUCUACGGCAUGGGAUGUAACAUGGGCCUUCCGAUCGGAGGAUAAGCGUAAGGAUUGGGGAUACAGGGCCAUGGAAGGUUCAGUCAAACUUGGAAAGCAACUAGUUGAAGCCUACUACCAGAAAAAGAUCCAAUUUUCAUAUUAUAGCGGAACAUCGACCGGCGGCCGACAGGGUUUGAAAGAGAUACAGCUACAUGCGGAUAGCUUCGAUGGUGCUCUCCUCGGUGCUCCAGCCUGGUGGGUGAGCCAUUUGUCGUCUUCAGGCAGCUACUGGAAAAGUAUCAAUCUGCCCCUGGGGGCGCCUCAUAGCAUCCCGGUCUCAUCCUUGAAGACCAUCGCGGACGAAGUCAUGAGACAGUGCGAUGAGGUGGACGGCGUCAAGGACGGCAUCAUCUCGGAUACCAAUGGCUGCAAGUUUGACGUCAACGCCCUCGCGUGCGAUAAGUCAUGCGCCAAUACGAAUGCAAAUGCAUCUGCAUGCUUAGUCCCGGCCCAGAUCGACACUCUCAAAACCAUUUAUAGCAAUUACUCAAUUAACGGCAGCUUGAUUUAUCCCGGAAUGGAGCUUUCCUCAGAGCUGAUGUGGCCAAGUUCGGUUGUGUCGGACCAACCCCCGGUUAAUGGGUAUAUCAACUACUUCCUCCUAGACGAUCCAGAUUGGAUAUGGGAGCAAUACAAUGAUAGCCUCGUCGCCAUGGCUAUCGAACGAGAUCCUGGGAACUCUACGCCAGACGACUAUGCGGCGAUGGGCGAAUUUGCCAAGCGAGGUGGCAAGAUGAUCAUGUUCCAUGGCUGGGCAGACGGAUUGAUAGUGCCGAAAUCGUCACUGCUAUUACGGGAGUUUAUUGCCAAUGCGACAGCCGACGAGUCUGAGCUCGACAACUGGUUCCGUCUUUUUAUGGCACCGGGCAUGCAGCACUCGAGGGGUACUGCUGUUGGGGCGCCGUGGUAUAUUGCCGGGGCUGGUCAGACAAGGGGCCGGCCUGGCCCCCGCGAGCUAGACAACCCCAAGCACAAUGGCUUGCUGGCGCUGAUGGACUGGGUGGAAAAGGGUACUUCAGUCGACCAAAUCAUUGCAACUUCUUUCAAGAACGAUUCAGAUCCGGCUGCCGGGUUUCUACGCCAACGGCCGUGGUGUGUCUACCCUAAGAAACAGCUGUUCAAGGGUGGUGAUGAAAAGAAAGCCGAGAACUGGGAGUGCACCUAA